AUGGCCCGCUACGCGUUUGACGAUACCAAGCUGACGGAGAAGACGGCCAAGUCGCGCGGCGCUUACCUGCGUGUUCACUUCAAGAACACGCGCGAGACUGCCGCCGCCGUCAAUGGUAUGAAGCUCCAGAAGGCUUACGCUUACCUCGACAACGUUGUUGAGCACCAGCAGGCCAUUCCUUUCCGCCGCUUCAACGGUGGUGUUGGCCGCACCCAGCAGGUGAAGGAGUUCAAGACUACUCAGGGUCGCUGGCCGGUGAAGUCGGUCAAGUUCCUUCUUGGCCUUCUUAAGAACGCCGAGGCGAACGCUGAGGCUAAGGGUCUUGACACUGAGGCUCUUGUUAUCCGCAACAUUGCUGUGCAGCAGGCCCCGAAGACUUACCGCCGCACUUACCGUGCUCACGGUCGUAUCAACCCGUACCGCAGCUCGCCGUGCCACAUUGAGAUCCACCUUGCUGAGCCCGCUGAGCAGGUCGCCAAGGCUACCUCGAAUGUGGCUGUUCGCCUGAACAAGCGCCAGCUCGCCAAGAAGCGCGUGGCUGCUGCCCGUGCUAUCGCCCCGGCUGCGACUGCUUAA